AUGUCCUCGCUCCCGUUCACCAAGCUCGCGGCCGAGGCCGAGCUCGCCAUCCUCUCCGUCCUCCGCGGCUGUUCUCUCACGAAAAACGUGCAGGACACACUCGUGUCCAAGGACACCGUGAUUAAGAAGGACAAGUCACCCGUCACUGUCGCCGAUCUCUCGGCACAAGCGCUCAUCAGCCUGCAUCUCCUCGCGCACUUCCCCAAGGACGAAAUCAUCGGCGAGGAGGACACGGGCGAGCUGCGCGCCAACGCGCCGCUGCGCGAGAAGGUCGUGGACCUCGUCAACGCCGGGUUCGGGCGCGAGGAGGGGUGGGGGAAGGGCAAGACGUUCUCUGAGGAUGAGAUCCUCACCGCCAUCGACGCCGGCUCGGCGACGGGCGGCGCAUCUGGCCGGUUCUGGACUAUCGACCCUGUCGACGGCACCUCCGGCUUCAUCCGUCACCAGCAGUUCGCCGUGUGCCUCGCUCUGAUUGUCGACGGCGCCGUCGAGCUCGGCGUCAUCGGAUGCCCCAACCUCGGCCCUGAGCCCGCCGCGAUCGGCGAGGAGGUUGUGCCCAACGGAAAGGGCGUGUUGAUGGUCGCCGUGCGCGGCGAGGGCUCGUGGUCUCGCCCCCUUGACAGCGCAAACUACACCAAGCUCACCCUUCCCCCAAGCCCGCCCGCCUCGAACCCCCUCACAUUCCUCGAGUCGGUCGAGGCCGGACACUCGGCGCAUGGGAUCCAGCAGCGCAUCGGCGCGCUCCUUGGCGUGCAGCGGCCAUCGCUGCGCAUGGACUCGCAGGCAAAGUACGCGUGCCUCGCGCGCGGCGAGGGCGGUGUUUACCUCCGCAUCCCCACGAAGUACAGCGGCGGCAAGGACUACCAGGAGAAGAUCUGGGACCACGCGUCGGGAGCCCUGCUCAUCGCGGAGUCGGGCGGCGUGUGCUCGGACAUGUGGGGCAAGCCACUGGACUUCUCGGUCGGCCGCACGCUCAAGGGCAACGAGGGUAUUGUCGCGGCGGGCAAGGACAUGCACACUCGCGCGGUGGAGGCUGUGAAGCAGGCGGUUGAGGAGGCCCAGAAGAGCAAAAUCUAG